CACAGUGCUCGGGCACAGCAGGGACGCACCCCACGUAGGAGUCUUUUUGACCCAUACCAACCAUGACACCCUGGUGUCUCGGUCGUCCGACAAUGGAGCUGCAUGGAUGUCCGUCAUCAGAGACGGCCUGGUAUGUAGCCAGUGGGAAGCAACGCACGGGAAAACAGCCCGCGGUGCAUCAUCGCCUGCACAUCCGGCCUUGCACAUGCCCGAACCAUUAUCGAUAAC